UGGGGUUUGACUUCCAUAGAAACAAGUCUUAAUAUGGAGUUUAAAAUUUUGGUUUUGUUUUUUGCCGUCGUUUUGGCACAAGACCCUCCCCCGGACCACCCCUCCUUCGAAAAUGGGAGUGGCUCCUCCGAAUCCUCCGAGUCCUCCGAAGAAUCCACGGAAUCACCACCCGAAAUUUCCAUGGAAACCUCCUCACCAAAUAAUAAAAAGGACUAUUUCAUAAACCGCGUCCACUCCAUAGCAUCAAACAUUUCGAAAAACCUAAUUAUCCAUGACAACAAAGUUAUCUGGUCGCCAUUCAUCGUCGUCAACGCGUUGGCGUUGCUAAGCAACGACGACCCCGAAUUAAUCAACGGCUUCGAGUCGGCAUGGAAAUAUUUGACCCACGAAAACCCGCUAAACUCCACCCAAAUCUCCCUUGGUUACACCCACAACCCGGAAUUCCUCUCCAGGAACCACACCCACCUCAAACUCUCCCCGUUUCCAUCGAAAUCCGAAAACCAGUCAAUCAACCAGUUGCUACAGGAAGCCUUUUUAAACGUUACCAAUUUCGGUAACAACCAUUCGGUUGCCAUGGAAACUGAAGAAAAAAAAUCCUCCACGACGCUCAACACGACGGACACGAUUUUGCUGACGGGUCUGGGGGUGGAGUCCUUGUGGGCAACCCCCUUUCACCCCAGAUAUGCUAAAAAAUCCAAAUUUUAUUUAAAUUCAACCCACGUUGUCAAGACGAAAUUCAUGAACAAUAUCGGGUUUUAUAAGUACGCCGAGUUGGAGGAACUCGACGCCACGGCCGUUGCCAUGGGGAUGCGGAAUUCCCCGCGAAUCUAUGGAAUUUUCAUAAAACCGAAUAAUCCCGAUAAUUUGGAGAGUCUGAAUGAGAAAUUUGAAAAUUUGGACAAUUUUACCGACAUUUUUAAUCAGAAAUUCAAGACCAAAAGGGUCCAGGUUGGGUUGCCAAGGGUGGACAUUGACUCGCAGUUCCCCAUCCCCCUGCCCCCACCCACCCCCCAAAAUAAUUCCACCCUCUCCACCCUGCACAUCUCCUCCCUCUUAAUUUCCUACACUGGUCUCUACAACCACUUCCACCACCCCCACUCGCACACCCGGAGCCACACCCCGAUCCGCUUCACCCGCCUCCGCCGUCGCCCUGACGACGUCAAAUUCCAACUCAACACCCCGUUUUUAUUCCAUCUCUAUGACGACGGGUUCAGUGGGUUUUUGCUCUCCGGACUCAUUCUAAACCCCACUUCGAACCACGCCCCCUCGGAAAUGGACCUCGCGAGGCCCGAGUUUCCACACGAAUUAAAAAUCGCCAAGGAAACGACGAAUUUUAAUUGUUUGGAGAGUUUCCAUAGAAACAGGAAGAUUUUGGACAUUUACGAAAAUAUUAAUAUCCGUUGUCAUAGUGAUAAUUUCAAUUACUCGGAAAUUUUAAAUAGCUCGAUUGGUGGGCGGGGUUUUAAUCUCACCGUGGAGCGGGAUUUAGUGGAGAAAAAGUUUUUCAUAAAUGAGGUGGAUUUUAAGAACGUUUCCAUGGGGGAAACGGUUGCCAAGGUGAAAUAUGCCUCGUUUGGGGAGCUGUUUGACGGGAAGGUCGUGGUUUUGAGGAACCCCACCCACUCGCUGUACAUUUUCUACCCGAAUGAACGUUCUGGAUUGGGGCGGAUCGAGGAAACCCUGGAAACGACGCCCAUUUCGAGUUUGAAGUGUCAAUUGAGGGACAUCACGGUGAGGCUGAGGUUGCCAUGGUUACGGGGGGACAAAACCGGGUUGGAUGUCGGCUUUGAGAAGGUUGCCAAGAAGAAGAAUGUUCUGGACUUGGUUCCCAUCGAGAGGAGGGGGAAGAAAUCGUCUCCAAAGAGAUAUCGUCAAUUAACGGUGGACCGUGGGUUCGUGUGGGUUUUGAUGGAGGAGGAGGUGACUGAGGGGGGUGUGGUGGGGGUGGGGAGGGUGGUGGAUUUGUAG